GUAAAUUACAGAAAAUUCGCAAAAAAACAAUAUUAUAAAAAAUAAUUAAUUUUAUGCUAUUUCCAAAGAGUUAAAAGGCAAUAUAAGCAUAGAAAUCAGCAAUAGAGUAUCUUAUCAAGUCAACAAAAUGUCGAUCAGUGAGUUCCUGAAAGACCUACCAGUGCACAAUCACGAGAAUUUUUCUCAAUACAAUGUGGAUAAUGCGAGAACCAAAAGACCAUCAAUAUAUCUACCUACAGUCGAUUAUCCAGCAGAUCAGAUUAUAAUAACAGAAAAGAAAAACAUUCUCUUAAGAUAUCUUCAUCAAACGUGGGAGAAGAAAAAUCAACCGAAAAAGAGGGAAGGAACCGAACCUACAGACAACCUCCUUCGCAAGAGAAUUCGCCUUGACAGAACAGAUUCAAAUCAAAAUAACAAUAAUUAAUUAAUUCAUUCAUUUAUCGAUCCUUCAUCGUAAAAAAAAGUUUUCUUACCUCUGGAAAUUCUGUCUUCUCUACAUACAUACAAACUUACUGCUUUUUUACCAGUUAAUUACUUUAUAAAAUGUUUAUUUGAUCUUUCCGUAUUUUUCUUUGAUUCUGUCAUGA